AUGGCAGACUUCACCGCGGAGACACGUCUUGCCCGCCUCAAAGAAUGGGCUAAUACCAAAGUGGCUCCAGCAAAUGCCAAAAUUCUCGAGCCUGGCAGUAAUCUCCUAUUCGGCGCAGCAAUUCAUGGUAUAUCUCGUCGCAGCAAAGGUGCCAAAGACUUGACCGAGAUAGAAAAGAUCGGUGUCCGAUUCUUCGAAAUUCUAGCCGACGACGAGGACGAGCUAAAGGCCUACGGCGAAAUCUUUGGAGAGGCCAAAGCUAAAGCCCGAUCGGGUGUAUUUGCUGCUGCAAAUAUUCCCAGCUCCGUUAUGACGCUUUCGGAAGAUACUCCGUACUGCGAGGAAAGAUUUAGAGAUGAUGUGAAAGAGCUGGCAGUUGCAACUCUUCAACAGCCGCAUAUUCGUGCUGUUAUGCCUGAGCAGAUCAAGGCCGAUGGAACAAUUGAGACGACGGAGGAAUAUGACAAGGCUACUCAAGAGCUCGGCCGGGGUGUCAGUCUGUUUACUGUUGGCCAGGAGUCGAAGAUUAGUGCUGCCGAUGAAGAAAGGAUAACAUCUACUAUGGGAGGCCGCAUUGGACCUGGUGGCAAGAUCAUGAUCCCCAUGAAGAUUGUGCCAUACAUUUUCAAGUGCUACAAAAAAUCCGGAGAGUUGACAAAGGACGAGAUCUACUUCACCUGGGGAUUUGGUGGGGAUGGCGAAUAUGAGGUUUCUCAUAGGACAGAUGAAUUUGGCUCAGUAGUAACAGGAACUGAGAGAACAUUCCCUGCCAAUCCGCCCUUCUACCUGGGAUAUGUCGAGGACGCCUGUGCUGGCCACAUAAUUUGCUGGGAGGCAGAUCAGAGCACUUCUGGCUGGUACGACAAAUUGACUAACAUUAUGCGAGAGAUUGCUGUCAAUGCCACCCACGCGACUAUACAUACAGGCGACAAAAAUUGGGACUUUCUCAUCGGACUCAUCCCAGGCCCGAUUGGAACUUCUGCAGACAUCGCUUUCUGGCUGGAAACAAUUGCGUCUUUGAUUGCGAAUCUACUUGAUAUUUUUCGAAACCAUGAUGAUAAGGUUAUGGAGCAUAGCUAUGGAUAUGGCCGAGAUUGGCUUUUGCAGGGUGUUCCUAAGCAAUGGACCGUAGCAUACGAUUUUGAUGGUGGUGAUGGUGGCCACUUUUUAGCUGCGGCAACAUGCCAAACUGCUGCAGAGUUGCUAUAG